AUGACUAGCUCUGGCUCCUCUGUCCUACCCCCGUCGUCCUCGGACGCUAUUAAGCCUGAGAGGUUUGACGGAACCGGUUUUAAGCGCUGGCAGGCCCGGACGAGGCUAUGGUUGAUGGAGCUCGGAUUAUUCUGGGUCCUCAUCGAAGAGCCGCCCGCCCCUCAGGGGGAAGCCGUGCUAGACGAGGUCGAAAGAACGCGUCUUGACGCGUUAAGGGCCCGUUGGGAGAAGGCAAAUGCCUCAGCCCUGGCACUUCUCUUGGUUGUCCUGUCGAACAGGCUAUUUGACAUCUAUGUGGGCUUCGGGGAAGCGCGGAAGGUGUGGACGGAGCUGAAUGACAAGUAUGCUGAAAGCGACAAUGGCAAUAAGUCCUUCAUAGUGGCAAGCUACCUGAACUUUCGUAUGGGAGAUGGCAGAUCAGUCAUGGAACAAAUCCAUGAGCUACAACUGAUCGUGCGUGACUUAGGCCAGUACGGCUGCGUCCUCCCUGAAAAUUUUCAGGUUAAUGCCAUCCUGGCCAAGCUGCCUACUUCUUGGCGAGACUUUGUCACUGCACGACGGCACUUAAAGCAGAGAUUAACUCUUAAUGAGCUCAUUGCUGCUAUAAAUAUCGAAGAGAAGUCUAAAGCAGGCUAUGGUGAGGGAAAGACGUCCGCUCAAGUUAAUCUUGUCGAGCAUAAGAACCAGUCUGGAAGAAACAUGAAGAAAGAAAAGACCAAGCCUGGAUUUUCGGGACCGAAGGUGCUACAAGGCAUAUUUGUGCUGAGCAGACAUGUUUUACUUCUCUCCAGAGCGCAGACGGUGGAUCUGUACUAA